AUGCUGAUUGGUCACAGGGAGAGAAUUGAGUAUGAGAUAGGCAAGAAGAUCAAGAGAGAAUCCGAUGCCUCUUCUCAAAUGGGAAGGAGACAUAUGUUGGGGCCUCCCGGAACCCUAAACACAAUUACACCUUGCGCCGCCUGUAAGCUGCUGAGACGACGGUGUGCACAAGAAUGCCCCUUUUCUCCAUAUUUCUCACCCCAUGAACCCCAAAAGUUUGCUUCUGUUCACAAAGUCUUCGGUGCAAGUAAUGUUUCAAAGAUGCUGAUGGAGGUUCCGGAGAGUCAAAGAGCAGAUGCUGCAAACAGUCUGGUUUAUGAGGCGAAUGUAAGGCUGAGAGAUCCGGUUUAUGGGUGCAUGGGUGCAAUUUCGGCUUUGCAGCAACAAGUUCAAUCUUUACAAGCUGAACUUAAUGCAGUAAGGACAGAGAUACUGAAUUACAAGUAUAGACAAACCAAUGUCCUUCCUUCUUCUCAUGUAGCUUUGCUUUCUUCUGGGGCCAUUUCAAUUGCUGCACCACCACUGCCACCAUCCCCAGUGCCUCCACCACCUCCUCCUUCACUUCCUCCUGUUUCUUCUUCCUCUUCUAUGUACACCCCACCAACCACUGCAACCGAUUUUAGUACCUUUUCGAAUGCAAAUGUCUCCUACUUUGGUUAA